AUGAUUGAGCAGCUCGACUGCCUCGGACUUUACCUCAACCAGCCAGAGCCGGCGAUCCUAUGCAUUCAAUGCAAGUUCGCCCUCAAGGCCGAUGGAGACCGUGUCUCGCGGCACCUCGGAGAGCGGCAUGGCAUCUCCAAGCUGGCUCGUCGAGGGCUUGGCCCAUUCAUCCGAACCCUUCGCCUUCCAGACCCAAAGACACUGCCAGUGCGGUCGGAUGGCUCUUCACCCCACCCUCACCUCCGCAUCCAGCAGGGCGCCGCCUGCAGGCAUUGCGGGCUCCGAUCGACUAGCCUCGAGGUUCUCUCUCGGCACUUAAAGAAAGUCUAUCCCCAGGAUAUCCAGCAUAGCAGAGGACGCGGCUUCCCUGAGAGUCACUGGCUGCAGGACCAUAUCCUAGACCGACUUACAAUCACGUGCCAAAAGUCUGGAAUCGCCUCACGGCAACCCCACUUUCUGCGAAAGUCGCUCAUCAAUCCCUUCUUCUUUGACCUCCAGAAUUAA